CCUCUUUCUAACGUAAAAAAAACUGAAAAAAACAGAAGAGUUUAGGGACGAUUUUAGGAGAGAGAAUCUAGGGCUUGUUUUAAAAACCACUGACGUGGACACAUGAAAAUUGUUUUAAGCUGAUGUGGCACAGGUUCAAUUCUAAAACUGCUUUAAUAUAUCUUAAAAAUGAAGAUAAAGAUUAAAGAUUGUGUAUCUCCCAAUGAAAUGGCACGAGUCUUGUAACUAAUGAGUGGCACCAGAAUAUCAAAGUGGGCCCACAAUUCUGGCCCUAGAGAUUCAAUAUGGGUCCAUACAUGAGAGAAUUGGAUUUGAGCCCAUGAAGUGCGGAUCACCAACAUGCACUACGAGAAAGAUGACAUCACCAGUAGGGAGCGGAUACUAUAACAACAUCCCUUAUGUUGUUAUAGUAAUAUCAUGGGUAAAAAGAGAAAUUAAUAAAAUAUAACACAUUACAAAAUAAAAAUUGAAUUAAAACUCAAACAUUCACGUGCUCUGCUCUCCCUCUGCCUCGUCUGACCUAAAACAUAUCUGCCUCCGUUGAUCCCCGACCACCAUCAGAGCUUUAUCCUUCACAGCAAUCUCUACGGCGGUGGCGGCGCAAAAUCAACUUUCUCGCCAUUGAAUAGCGAGUUGUUCAUGGACGAUCGAGAUCAACGCUCCUCUUCCUCAUUGGAAGCAAAUGAAUUGGAAGGCGCGCCGGAAGGGAGCUACUGCGUCUGGACGCCGAAACUGAUUUCUCCGUCGUCGAUCACCGGAGCAUCGCCUUCUCCCGGUAGAUGCAAGAAAAGCAAUGCCGGAGUGGAGCAAGAUAGGAGUUGUGCGGAGGUGGGAGGCAAGGCGGCGACGUGAAAUGUGGUUAGGACCCCUGAUACGAAAGGAGUGGAGCAAGAUAGGAGUUGUCCGGAGUGGAGAAUCUGCUUUUCGUUUAAACUUUAAACAAAUGAGAGAGUGAGAAGCUGGUUAGGACCCCUGAUAUGAAAGGUUUGGCUUAAAUCUGUUAAUGCAAACCACAAACACUAUAAAACAAUCAUAAAAUGUACCUUAGAAACCUCUUAAAGUAUACCAUAAAUCGCUAAAAACAUACCAAAAAUCCCACAAAGUAAACCACAAAUAUUUUA